GGUUAAACCAGUAAAAAAAAAAAAAAAAAAAACAAGUCGUCUCCUUCAUCCAACCACUGGCGCCGACGGCUUUUCUAACAAAUUUCCGAGUCCACUGUCCACGCCCCUUCUCUCUCACCCUCUCCUUCCUUCUGUUCUCCCAUCUCGUACAAAAAACGACAUUUCAAUCCUUCUUUCUCUCUCUCUCUAGAUCACAGCAAUUUCUCCCUCUUCGACACGACGCGACUGCUGCGGGGGAAUCUUCCUACAACUCCGAUCUGCAGUUCAAACUAUACGCCGGAGCUUUGUUAAUCCGUCGCCGUUUAGAUCUCGGCGUCGCAGCUCGGGCUCCGCGCUGUGUAAGAAGAAGGGGAGAGGAACUAAGGCUCGGGGUAAUUCUGGUUAAGUUGAGAGAGGGGCCGCGCCUCUCUUAUUACUGGAUCUGAGAGAGGAGGGAGGGAAACAAUGGCGCUUUCAGGCAUGAGAGGUCUCUCCGUCUUCAUCAGUGACGUUCGUAAUUGUCAGAACAAGGAGCAGGAGCGGCUCCGUGUUGACAAGGAGCUCGGGAACGUCCGUACUCGGUUCAAACAUGAGAAGGGCUUGAGUCCAUAUGAGAAGAAGAAAUAUGUUUGGAAAAUGCUCUAUAUCUACAUGCUUGGCUAUGAUGUCGACUUUGGUCAUAUGGAAGCUGUUUCCUUAAUAUCUGCGCCAAAAUACCCAGAAAAACAGGUUGGAUACAUUGCGACAGCGUGUUUGCUCAAUGAGAACCAUGAUUUUCUCAGAUUAGCCAUAAAUACCGUGCGAAAUGACAUAAUUGGUCGGAAUGAAACUUUUCAGUGCCUCGCAUUAACCCUGGUUGGAAAUAUUGGUGGCAGAGAAUUUUCUGAAUCAUUGGCGGCGGAUGUUCAGAGAUUACUUAUUUCAAGCAGCUGCAGACCUCUUGUAAGAAAAAAGGCUGCCUUAUGUCUGCUACGGCUCUAUAGGAAAAAUCCUGAUGUUGUGAAUGUGGAUGGCUGGGCUGAUCGGAUGGCACAACUCCUUGAUGAACGUGAUCUUGGUGUUCUUACAUCUUCAAUGAGUCUACUUGUUGCUUUAGUAUCAAAUAACCAUGAAGAAUACUGGAGUUGUCUGCCAAAAUGUGUGAAGACUUUGGAACGACUUGCUAGGAACCAGGAUAUACCCCAAGAAUACACUUACUAUGGUAUCCCAUCUCCUUGGCUUCAGGUCAAAACAAUGAGGGCUCUUCAGUAUUUUCCGACGGUAGAAGAUCCUAACACAAGAAGAUCGUUGUUCGAGGUCUUGCAACGAAUCUUAAUGGGGACUGAUGUUGUGAAAAAUGUAAAUAAGAACAAUGCAUCCCAUGCCGUUCUUUUUGAGGCUCUUGCACUUGUCAUGCAUCUUGAUGCUGAAAAAGAGAUGAUGUCCCAAUGUGUGGCUCUCCUCGGAAAAUUUAUUGCUGUCCGGGAACCAAAUAUUCGAUAUCUUGGCUUGGAAAAUAUGACUCGAAUGUUGAUGGUAACAGAUGUGCAAGAUAUCAUUAAAAAACACCAGGCACAGAUUAUCACUUCAUUGAAAGAUCCGGAUAUCAGCAUUCGUCGACGUGCUCUUGAUUUGCUCUAUGGCAUGUGUGAUGUGUCAAAUGCAAAGGAUAUAGUUGAAGAGUUACUACAGUACCUCAGCGCAGCAGAUUUUGCUAUGCGUGAGGAAUUGUCUCUAAAAGCUGCUAUCCUCGCAGAGAAGUUUGCCCCUGAUCUAUCCUGUUAUUUUGUUCAGAUGUGUAUCAUAAUGACUAUUCAUGGCUUUGUUCCCUCUCUUCUUAAAUGCAGGUAUGUGGAUGUAAUACUUCAGUUGAUCGAUAAGGCAGGAGACUUUGUUAGUGAUGACAUAUGGUUUCGGGUAGUACAAUUUGUUACUAACAAUGAAGACCUGCAGCCUUAUGCAGCAGCUAAAGCGAGAGAGUAUCUUGACAAACCUGCCAUACAUGAGACGAUGGUCAAGCUCAGUGCUUAUAUCCUAGGAGAGUAUGGGCACCUUCUAGCUAGACGGCCUGGAUGUAGUCCAAAGGAAUUAUUUACCAUUAUACAUGAGAAGCAUCCUACUGUCUCAACCUCCACUGUUCCAAUUCUACUCUCAACUUAUGCGAAGAUACUAAUGCACACUCAACCACCAGAACCAGAACUACAAAACCAGAUCUGGAGUAUAUUCAACAAAUACGAAAGUUGCAUUGAUGUUGAGAUUCAACAAAGAGCAGCCGAGUAUUUUGCCUUAAGCAGAAAAGGUGCAUCUCUAAUGGACAUAUUGGCUGAGAUGCCUAAAUUUCCUGAACGCCAGUCUGCACUGAUAAGAAAAGCUGAAGAUGCUGAGGUUGAUACCGCGGAACAAAGUGCUAUCAAGGUGAGGGCACAGCAACAAAUGUCUACUGCCUUGGUUGUAACUGACCAACGCCCUCCCAAUGGGACGCCACCCCCACCCACCGUAGGGCCACUGAGUCUAGUUAAGGUGCCCAGCGAGACAGUUGAUUCGGAUCAGAAUCCUGGAGACCAAGGAUUGACCCAGCCAAACGGAGUUGUAUAUCAAGAAGAUCCUCAGCAACCUUCACAGGAUAUUAUUGGUGACCUUUUGGGUACAUUGAGUAUUGAAGGUCCUCCUGGAGUUGUUGCUCCAUUGGCGCAGAGUGCAACCUCUGAAGCCGAAUCUGUUCCAAGUGCUGCUGAUGCUGCAGCACUUGUACCUGUUGGAGAAGAGUCGGGUUCCGUGCAGCCGAUAGGAAAUAUCAACGAAAGGUUCUAUGCCUUGUGUUUGAAGGAUAGUGGUGUUCUGUAUGAGGAUCCCAACAUCCAGAUAGGCAUUAAAGCAGAGUGGAGAGCACAUGAAGGGCGUCUUGUUCUUUUCCUAGGGAACAAAAAUACUGCUUCUCUUGGAUCCGUUCAGGCCCUUAUAUUACCUCCUACUCAUCUGAAGAUGGAGCUCUCUUUAGUACCAGAUACUAUUCCUCCUCGAGCCCAAGUCCAAUGCCCUCUUGAAAUCAUGAAUCUCCGGCCAAGUCGGGAUGUCGCUGUUCUUGACUUCUCCUACAAGUUUGGUCCCACCAUGGUAAAUGUCAAGCUUCGCCUACCGGCUGUUCUCAACAAAUUUCUUCAACCUAUAACUGUGUCCCCUGAAGAAUUUUUCCCUCAAUGGAGAUCUCUAUCAGGGCCUCCUUUAAAGCUUCAAGAAGUUGUUAGAGGUGUAAGACCAUUACCUCUACCCGAGAUGGCAAAUCUCUUCAACACUUUCCGGUUGACAGUUUGUCCCGGACUUGAUCCAAAUCCGAACAACUUGGUUGCAAGCACAACUUUUUACUCCGAAACCACACGAGCCAUGCUUUGCUUGGUGAGAAUUGAAACAGAUCCAGCAGAUAGAACACAGUUGCGAAUGACUGUCGCCUCUGGCGACCCAACGCUUACAUUCGAGUUGAAGGAGUUCAUCAAGGAGCAAUUAGUUAGCAUCCCCACAGCACCGCAACGCCCACAGGGACCCACAGCACCUCCUCCUCAAGUGGCGCAGAUCGCCGGUCCCCCUCCGUCAGCUUCGCAAGAUCCAGGGGCAUUAUUGGCUGGUUUGCUGUGACCCCACGACGAUGCUAGGGACCUUUCCACAAGUGUGACAAUUGAUGCGUGAAGAAUUUGUUCAGAAUAUACACACACCCUAUUAUACCCAGGCUUAACACGAAGCAAGCAAGGUACCUUGCUUCUUAAGCCAUCUUCUUGGUGCCCAGGGCUGGCGGCGGGAUAAUGGGGAUCGAAGGAAUAGGACCGGAAUUCGGGAUCCAUGGGUUUGUUCAUCGGAGAGAGUAAUGUAGUUUGUGUUGAAUAGUACAGGUAGAAGGAGAGCGAGGUUCGAGUCGGAAUUUUGAGAUUCUUUUCUGCACGAUUUGUUAACGUGCAUUAGCUGAGCCGAGUGUUUAUUUUCUUUCUUUGUUGUUUCUUUUUGCUCAUAGUUUGAUUAUCCAUUGGGGUUGAAGUGAAGUGAGGGUUUGUUGUUGUUGGUGUCUUGUGCUAAAAGUUAUUUACCUCUUCUGCUCUUGCAUUUACAAACGGUUUUCGCUCGGAUUUGUUUCUGUAAUACGAAAGUUGAGUAGCAGAAGAUGAGAUUGAUCAUGGAGGAGUUUGUAACAGCGUUUUGUGUAUCUAUUAGGCACCUUUCUGGUUCACUUUCGUAGUUUCUAUUUCCUUACCAAAAAAGAAAAUAGUGUUUCGAGCCAUUUAACUUUAGUCUUUGUACCAUUUGGUUCUUUAUUUUGUGCUUAGUUCCAUUCAGUGCAUUAAACUUUUUC